AACCUUUGUCAUUUACAGAUCAAUAUAUAAACAUGUUUUUGAAAGUAACAAAAGUAUGUGUUGUGAAGGAGGGGAGAUAAACUAAGCUAUUACAUACAGAUAACUAAUUAUUUAGUGAAAUGUUUUAUUUAUUGCAAAAGUUACUGGUUUAAAAUUGUUGUUGGCAGAUUCAGAAUUGUCCUAGAUAACACAUUCUUAAGUUCAAGCCUUGAUUUAUAAAGUUUGUUUUGUUUAAUGACACCACUAGAGCACAUUGAUUAAUUAAAUCAUUGGCUAUUAGAUGUCAAAAUGUGGUAAUUAACUCUGACGGAGUCAUGGAGAAAAAACCUGUUACAUUUCCAUUAGUAGCAGGUGAUCUUUUAUAUGCACUACUUUCCCAGACCGGAAAGCACAUACUACAGCCUUUGACCAGUUGUCCUGGUUGGAACAAGAAAACAUUAAUUUAUUGACAUAAAAUUAUUAUUAAACUGAAAAUUAUAUAAAGACAGACAAAGGCAGUCCUCAAGGUUUGACGCGAGCAAUUGCUCCUGCUCACAUGUGCUCGCGCAAAACUAUUUCCACAUGGGCAAAAAACUGCUCGCCUCAUCACACACCGAUAUCGUUAAUAUAUUUACUGGGAGCAAUUGCUCUAUUACAUAAUUUCUGGAGACCAGUUUCUUGCUCACCAUCACUUUUCAAACCAUAAGCACUGCAAAGGUUAUUAAAUACUGGAUUUGCUAACGAAUUUACUCCUUGAUAUUAUACUCUCACUCUCAGUUCAGUUUCUAAACAAAACAGAAUUACCAAUGGCAGAUCCAGAACAUACAUUCUGGAAGGGAUUCCUCGCAUUCUCAAAUGUAAAAAAAUUAAAAUAUAACUGUAGCAAAAUUUAUAACCACUGAUUACUCUAAAUGCUUCUAUCUUAAAUUUGCUAAAUGUCUUGUUUGUUUGAUUGUGUCAGAAUCUUGGGGCGCAUACCAAAUCUUCCUGAAGAAGAAGCUGCUAAGAUUGCUGCCAAGUCACUGAUAGGAAAAGCAUCACAUAGUCCAGGCUGGUAUAGAAUCCAUGCCAUACGGUCCAUGAUAGGUGGCAGAAAACUCAUCCCACAGGUCAAUCCAUCAUACAGUAAAAUAUAUGAAAACAUUGAAGGUUCUAAAGAAGGUAAACCCAGUACAGCAAAGGACAAAGGCCUAGACGCAAUCAGACCAGUCAUCGAGUUCUCUGCUUCAGUUGUUGAGGUUGUGGAAGAUGAGGGCAUGGUUAGGGUUGGCAUCCACAGAUCUGGCAAACGCGAUGUCGCGGUACAAGUCAGGGUUCAGACCAUCAAUGGCACUGCACUGGCUGGCGAGGACUACAAGGCAUUUAAUGAAAUCAUCAAGUUUGCACCAAAUCAGAUUCUUCGUCAUGUUUUCAUCACAAUCACUGAUGACUUUGAGUGGGAGCCUGAUGAGUUCUUCUUUGUUAAGCUGACUACAGAACCUGGUGUUGAUGUCACUAUAGGCGGCAUUUCUGUAUGUCAGAUCACCAUCAUCAACGAUGACGAACCUGGUAUUAUAAAGUUUGCGAAACCAAAUCUGAUUGUCCAAGAGAGUCUGUUGGUGGUGCAUAUUCCAGUCCAGCGCAUUAAUGGAUCUCGCGGGGCAGUGUCAGUGAAGUGGAAAACGAAGGACAUAACAGCUAUAGAUGGAGGAGACUACAUUGGUGAAGAAGGAGAACUCAGGUUUAACAACCAAGAGACUAGCAGGGAUAUUAUAAUAAAACUCUUUGAAAAUAGUAAAUCAGAACGUGAUGAGUGUUUUCAAAUUGAUCUGCUGGCGACUACAGGAGGUGCACAGCUGGGAAGACCAAUGAAGGCUAUCAUCACCAUAGUGAAUGAUGAUGAAUACAAUGGUUUGGUAUCCCGGAUUUUGAACAUGACGAAGGCAAACCUCGAUUACCUACAACUUGAAGAUUGUACGUACGUCUCUCAGUUUCGUAAUGCUAUGAAUGUUAAUGGUGGAGACCUACAAAAUGCAACCUUUCUUGACUACAUCCUCCACUUUGCCACAUUUUUCUGGAAGAUAAUGUGUGCAUUUGUUCCUCCACCACGCUAUCUCGGAGGUUGGGCAGCAUUUGUUGUGUGGCUUGCUCUGAUUGGUUUCCUGACUGCAUUAAUAGGUGACCUUGCUGGAUUGUUUGGCUGUUUGAUUGGUCUAGAGGACAGCAUCACUGCCAUCACACUGGUUGCCCUGGGAACCAGUAUGCCGGACCUGUUUGCCAGCAAGAAAGCAGCUGUAAUGGAGAAGUCGGCCGACAGCAGCGUGGGCAUCAUCAAUGGCAGUAACUGUGUGAACGUCUUUCUAGGGCUUGGUCUGUCUUGGGUUAUUGCUGCUGUCUACUGGAAUGCUAUAGAGGGUAAAGACUUCGAAGUACCACCUGGGUCUCUUGGCUUCAGUGUAGUUCUCUACACACUGGCCGCCGUCAUUGCCUUGUUCCUUCUCGUACUACGGCGGUUUCUGGGGGUGUUUGGGAAGGGUGAACUCAGCGGUGCCGUCAUACCCAAGUACCUGUGUGCCACUCUCUUCAUCUUGCUGUGGGUCUUGUAUAUUCUGUUUUCAUCACUGGAAGCCAUGAAGAUUAUCAAAGUUCAAAUUGGGUGAAAAAGAAUAACGUUUCUGCCCAAGUGGGGUAAAAUCUGUCAUAUAGUAGUUUUAUUUAUUUUAAUAACCAUUUAUGAAGUUUACAGCAGGUUAACAAUUGCCUGGUCCGAGGUCCCUGACCAGUUGUAUCCAAUGCAGGGCCAACAUUUAUAUGUACGUGUUGGUUUGUAUUGGUUUGGUGGACUGCUGUAUUCUUUCAUCUAUACAUGUAGCUUCCAAGUUUAUCCAGAACAGCUGUGCCAUACUCCUUACAAAUACACAGAAAUGGCAUCUGUCAUCAUCGAUUGUUAAUCUGAUAUUGAGCCAAGGGUCAGAUGUAGUUCAGUGUGGUACACUCUGUUAAGGUGUGAUGGGUCAUAGGAUUGAUUUCCCUCAAAAAUCAUGGUAUGUACUGUCCUGCAUAUGGAUCAAAUAUAGAAGUCAGAUCCCUAGCUGGCAGGUGAUUUUCUUUUCUCUAUUGAUCAAGUGUCAAACUGGCCAUAUGAUAGACACUAAAUAGACAGGCCAUAUGAUAGACACUAAAUAGACAGGCCAUAUGAUAGACACUAAAUAGACAGGGCUGAAUGCAGGCUUUGCAAAUUGGGCCCCCAGAGUUUGAAAUGUGCUGAGAUUCUGUUUAACAAAGACUUCUUUCCUUCCCUUCACUCUGUUAAGGUUGAAAAAUACAGAAAACUCUAUCAUUAUAAAUCAGUGUAUUAAAAACAACACAAGUUAAUUUUCUUGUAACUUUAUUCUCCAUGCAUCAACAGUUGUAAACCAAGUGAGUAGUUAAUAAAGUAAACCCACUACGUUCUAGAGUUGUUUAGCUGUUGACUACGUAUAUGACACUAAUUUGCAGGGGUAAGAAGCAAAAACAAAAAACCCAAAUAUAAGUGAAAUGAAAAUAAUGGUUAUUAUAGCAGGGGAAAAUGAAAGUUAGUUCAAAAAUCUUCACGUAAGUUUAUUAUCUUAUGUGAGUUUACUCUGUUAGCAGAAUGGAUUUUAUUAUUAUUUAUUAAGUAAACACGUUAUUUACUUUAACAGUUCAGUAUUACAUUAGUGCAUGUGAAACCUACAGCAAUAUGUAGAUAGACUUAACAGUUCAGUAUUACAGUGAUAUGUAGAUAUCUACCACAAUAUGUAGAUAAGACUUAACUGUUUAAUAGUACAUUAGUACAUGUGAAAUACUACAUUGUAACAUACAGCGAUAUGCUUAACAGUUCAGUGUUACAAUUGUGCAUGUAAAUCUACAGCGAUAUGUAGAGAAGAUUUUAAAGAUUUAACCGUUUAGUAUUACAUUAGUGCAUGUGAAAUACUACAUUGUAACCUACAGCGAUAUGUAGAUAGACUUUAACACUUUAGUAAAACACUUCAGUAUUACAUUAGUGCAUGUGAAAUCCUAC